CCAACCCAUUCAAUUCAACAUCUCUCUCUGUCUGGAAAUCAGGGAUAGUGAGAGAGAGAGAGAGAGAGAGAGAGAGAGAGAGAGAGAACACCGCUUCAAUCAAAAUCAUCAUCAGAAGGAAGGAAUCAGUAGAACAGUAGUGAUAGUUAAAACCGAUAAAAUGGAAUCGAAGCUAGAACCCUAAACCCGAUUCAAGUUCACUGUCACACAUCCUUUCCUCACCUCACCUUCUGUUUACAAAACCAUGAGAUCCAUCAGACCCCAUUUUCGAGCUCUCAUCACCCCUCACCAACGAAUCAUCUCCACAUCUUCUUCCGAAACCCUUUCAAGAACCCCAAACCCUCAAAAAACUUUCUUCAAAUCCCAAAACAAACAUGAAGAAGCCAUUAUCAACCUUUGCCAGAAAUCCCGUUUAACAGAAGCAAUUCAACUACUUGAUCGUAUUGAACACCCAUCUUCAUUUAUCUAUUCUAAUCUUCUUCAGCUUUGCGUUCAACAGAGAGCUCUUGAAGGCACCAAAAGGGUGCAUUCGCAUAUAAAAAGAUCAAAUUUUUUGCUUGGGGUGUCUAGUUACAAUCGAAUUUUAGAUAUUUAUUGUAAAUGUGGGAGUUUGGUGGAUGCACGUAAGGUGUUCGAUGAAAUGCCUGAGAGAGAUUUGUGUUCUUGGAACACUAUGGUAUCUGGGUAUGCGAAAGCUGGACGGUUAAAAGACGCACGCAACCUGUUUGAUGAAAUGCCUGAACGAGAUAAUUUUUCUUGGACUGCGAUUAUUUCGGGAUAUGUUCGACAUGGGUGUCCUAACGAAGCGUUGCGGUUGUGUAGAGCAAUGUUGAAGGACUACAAUGUUAGGUGUAAUAAGUUUACGGUUUGUAGUGCGCUUGCUGCUUCUGCUGCGACUCAGAGUUUAACUAUUGGGAAGGAAAUUCAUGGUCAUAUUGUGCGAACGGGGAUAGAUUCUGAUGCGGUUGUUUGGAGUGCUUUGUCGGAUAUGUACGGGAAAUGUGGGAGUUUAGAUGAAGCUAGACACAUAUUUGAUAAAACAUCGGAUAAAGACGUUGUUACAUGGACCGCGAUGAUUGAUAGGUAUUUUAAAAGCGGGAGGAGGGAAGAAGGGUUUCUCCUGUUCUCGGAGUUGUUAAGAUCCGGAAAUAAACCUAACGAGUUUACGUUCGCUGGGAUAUUAAACGUAUGCGCACUUUAUAAUCUGGAAUCUUUAGGUCGACAAGUACACGGGUAUAUGGCACGCAUCGGGUUUAACCAAUCUUCAUUUGCAGCAAGCGCUCUUAUUCAUAUGUAUUGCAGGUGCGGGAACACCGAGAUUGCGGAUAGAGUGUUUAAGUGGGUACCAAACCCAGAUUUAGCUUCAUGGACUUCGCUAAUCAACGGGUAUGCUCAAAACGGUCAACCCGAAGAGUCUUUAAAGUUAUUUGAAGCGCUACUCGAGUCCGGAACUAAGCCGGAUCAUAUAACAUUUGUCGGUGUUCUUUCGGCUUGUACACAUUCCGGGUUGGUUGAUAAAGGACUCGAAUAUUUUAAUUCGAUAAAAGAAAAACACGGGUUAGCUUAUACCAUUGAUCACUAUGCGUGUGUGGUUGAUCUUCUUAGUCGAUCAGGUAGAUUUAAUGAAGCGGAAGACAUUAUUAAGAAAAUGCCGAUGAAACCCGACAAGUUUUUGUGGGCGUCUUUACUCGCUGGAUGUAGAAUUCACGGGAAUCUCGAUUUGGCAAAACGAGCGGCUGAAGCGUUGUUUAAGAUAGAGCCGGAAAACGCAGCUACUUACGUCACGCUUUCCAACAUUUACGCAGCGGCUGGUAAAUGGGCCGACGUGGCAAAAAUCCGGAACUUGAUGGACGUUAACAAAGUGGUGAAGAAACCGGGACGAAGUUGGACCGAAAUUAAGCGAAAAGUGUAUACGUUCUUGAUGGGAGAUACAUCAAACCCGAGAUUAAACGAAAUCCAUGAGUUAUUAGAAGAAUUGCAAAGAAAGAUUAGGGAAGAAGGUUAUGUACCGAAGACGGAUUAUGUGCUUCAUGAUGUGGAAGAUGAGCAAAAGGAGCAAAACUUGUCGUAUCAUAGUGAGAAACUUGCUAUUGCGUUUGCGAUUCUUGUUACGCCACCAGGGACUUCGAUAAAAGUGUUUAAGAACUUGAGGACUUGCGUUGAUUGUCAUACGUUUAUUAAAUACGUGUCUAAAGUUGUUAGUAGGAAAAUUAUCGUAAGAGAUUCGAGUAGGUUUCAUUGUUUCGAAGAUGGGAGUUGUUCAUGCAAAGACUAUUGGUGAGAUUGUAAUAGUUAGUUUAGUCAAACGAUAGACUGAGGGUGAGAUAAACAAACUUAACUACCGUUUGAAUGCUUGUUAAGUGGUUGAAACUGCAUCUUGUUGAUUUUC